AUGCCCAGCUUCUUCCGCCGCUCUGUCGACGAGUUCCGUCGACAGGCCAGGAUAGCUGUCAAGCUAGAGACCCUUCAAGUCCCUCAGCGGGCAUACCCUCUGAUACAGUUCGACGAGGCCGAUAGUGACAAGAGAUGCAAGGUCAUGACCGACAAGAGCAUCCUGGGCGGUUACAGCACGGCAUCAUUAACCUACGUUCCGGGCGCUGCACACACUGAGAAGCCGAGCCACGUCCUUUUCAAAGGCAACAUCAACCCAGAACUACCACCUAACCGACCUGAUGUGCACCGAAGCGGUUUCGCGGCGUGGAGAACGAGGGAUCGCGGAUGGUCUCUCUUCGGCAAACUUCUCUGGGACAUCGAUCCGUACUCAUACCUCGCCUUGCGCAUUAAGUCUGAUGGACGGAAGUACUUUGUCAACAUUCAAACCGAAUCCAUCGUACCGACGGACCUUCAUCAGCAUCUCCUGCCGAGCUUCACACCCGGUAAGUGGGAGACGGUAUGGAUACCUUUCACCGCAUUCGUCCGAACGAACCACGGCAUAGUCGUCGAACCCCAAAAGGAGAUGCUAAGGCAAGUAGUUCGGAGCGUCGGCAUCGGACUGACUGACCGCAUGCCUGGACCUUUCGAACUAUGCAUUGCUGACAUUUACGCCACGAACCGAGAACCGGAGACAGAGGGUAAGAGCGAGGAAUCUGGCUUUGCGCUUGGGCCUUAUCCAGCGCCCGGACUGGAGCAUGUGAGAGCCAAGCAGCGGGAGAAGAAGGAUGAUCCGGAGAAGAUAUUGAUAUGA